CGGGCCCGUCUCCUAUCAUAUUUCUAAACAUCUCAUCCGUCCAUCCACCGCGCAAGAACAAGCGUCGAGAAGGCUCACGAGCUUAGCCAUUGUGACAACCCUCUCCCUAGGAACUUUCAUCAGUGCCGGAAUGUUUAGAAAGGCCUCGGAAGGAAUCGACAUGACUAAGUCUAAUAAAUGGUCGGACUUGUCUCCCACUGCUCAACAGAUUUUUAAUCCAAACCCGGGGGAGGCAGCGGAUCACCUGAAGGCGUCCAAAAUUCGGUAUGACAAGUUGCACACCAGAAUUCAGCAGUCACUUGCCAAAGGAAACCUAAUCCAUGUCGAGGAUGGCGAGGGGGACGAUCUCUGGCAAAAUCUUCUUGGAAUUAUGGAAAAUACGACACCCACAAAGGUGUUCUUACACGGAGGCUUCUGGAAACUCCGAGAUGCAUGCGCCCAGGCCAUGUGGGAUUAUAACCGCGAAACCUUCGGCAUCACAAAGCCAGAAAUCAUGACACUUCACGGAAGCUUCGGUAAAGGGCUACAGUCUUUUGACCACGCUGAAGGGAAGCGUCUCCUCUCAGAAGAAGAUAUCCAAAAUCUAAAAGCAGCUAGUCUAGACCUAAACAACCAUGAGUACCUGAAGAAAAUUGACGAGGCUACUAAAAGUUUGAAAGAAACCCUCAAAAAUAACGAUUUCACCACCAUUGCCUUAAAAACAGCUCCUGCUGGAUUGGUCGACAUCAUCGAGGAAUUCAAGCACAAAGUCGCCAUCAUUUGGACGGGACCCGUCGAAAGAGUACCCAAAUCCUCAACCUGGGAGACAAAAUACAACUAUUAUCAAGCCCCAGAAGAAGGCGAUAAGUUACUAGACAUGAAAGUCCCGAUCGUCAUAGUUAGUCCGUGGACCGGAAACGCUAGAAUGAGUGCAAUCAUAGAUAAAAAGUUCAUGCCGCAAUACCGCUCACUUCUUCCCAAAGGCACAAUCUACAUCCCCACUGAUCUCAGUUUCCCCGGUUUCCACGAUCUUGCAAGCAUGCGGUUGAAGCCGACAUCGAAGUUUUCGUACUACAUCUUCGCCCUUGCUGAGGGAUUAAGAGAUAGAAUGAUAGAAUCUGCUAACGUGAAAGCAGCUGACCUUGAUGCUGAGGAGGAGUUAAUUCUUAGUCAAAAUCUGUCGAACGCAGAGUUUGAAGAAAAAAGGGAAGAUAUCAACAUGAGACGGGCGUCACAAUUACACCUGGGGUUUCGCUGGAAACGUUUCCGUGAUAUGGACACGGUGGAUAGCGUUUUUCGGGAGUUCUGUCCAGUUGAUCAUGCCGUUCAAUUCGUAACCGACCCAAAGAUGAAGCAGUAUGUGAAAGAAGUGGUGGAAGUUAGAAUCAAUCGACCCGACAAAGUCGUUAGAAAAUAUCAAGUCGACGUCACGGCAGAACGGGGCACCAAUGUCUACAUCAUCAGUCAAAUGGAUUCCAAACUCCUUGAGAGCAAAACUCAAUCUAUGAUUUCGUGGAUGGCGACGGGCGAGAAAUCAUUUAACCCUGCAACUACGAACUGGCAAGACGUGUACGGAACACGCGCACUAAAGGGACUCCCCUCAUCCUCCUCAAGCCGCAAUUGAAUCCACAGAAGCUGAGGAUCAAAGACCUACGAAAAUAGUCCGUUGACGUUAACCUAAUCAAAGAUCUUCCAGACUCUCCACUCAACCUCGCUCCACCAAAUGUGCACAUGGCCCGGAUUGUCACUUUGAUCAGAGAUUCAGGCUACUUAAUCUCACGACUUCAACUGGAGAUCGGCUCAAGUUCUAUCAUUCAUCGGUUCUGUCAUCGGCUCAUUCGUCGGCCCCGGUCACCGGGUAAAAUGCUU